AGCAGCUUAUAAGGCAGCAGGAUCUGCUCUGAGAAGAGCAUUUAGCACUCUACACCAUGAAGGGGACUCUGCUGCUGCUGGCCUUGCUGGUGACUGGAGAGCUGGGCUUCCAGACAACGGAAGCCUGCCUUCCUUUCUAUGAAGCUUUUGGUUCAGUGGUCGUUGGAAGCAAGACAUUAUUGAACAUCAUCCUUAGCAAGUUUAACCCUACUUCCGGGGAAAGGGAGGCUUUAGAAAAAAUCCAAGAAUGCUACAAUGAGGGAGGAUUGGAGGCCAAAGUCUUGGAUACUACGGUUGUGCAAACCAUCACCUUGAGCCCGGAAUGCAGGCAACACUUUACUGAAGACACGCUACAAAAAAUUAAAGCCCUACUCUCCCAAAUUACACGCCUUUUAUAUUGAUCGCUGAUGCCAGUGCCGUCUUGGAGCCCUGUCCUCCCUCCCUCCUGAAGUUGGAAUCCAGACACCUGUCCCCUCC